CUGCUGAGGGAGGUGGGGGUCCGCACAGACCUGGUUCCUGUGGGCAGGGAGGUGGCCGGUGUUGUCCUUCAAGUCGGCCCCAAGGUGACCUUCUUCCAGCCGGAGGACGAGGUUGUGGGUAUCCUGCCUCUGGACUCCUCCCACUCUGGACUCUGUGAAGUCAUCGAUGUAGAAGAAAACUACUUGGUGCAGAAGCCGGAGAAGCUCAGCUCGGUGUGUGUGGCGGCAGCGCUGCGUGACGGCCUCUCUGCCUACACCGCUCUGCACACACACGCCCACAUGGCAGCUGGACACACACUCCUGGUCAUGGAUGGAGCCAGUCCGUUCGGCCUAAUGUGCAUCCAGCUGGCCUGUUACCAUGGGCUGAAGGUUCUGACCACGGCCCACUCUGCUCAGCAGCUCACCUUCCUGGAGCAGCUCCGGCCCAGUGUAGUCAGGGUUAUUCCAGCUCACAUGGACGCCUCAGACCUGCUGCCAGUCGUUCUGGAGGAGACAGGAGGGCUGGGGGUGGACAUAGUCGUUGAUUCUGGAGUUUGUCUUCACAAAGACGAGGAGGAGGAGGGAAAGGACAAGUUCCUUCCUCACAAGCAUGACAUCAUCAGUGUACUGGGAGUGGGUGGACACUGGGUCACAUCCCACCAGAACCUGCAGCUGGAUCCUCCAGACUGCAGGUUGCUGCAUCUAAAGUCAGCCUCCGUGUCUUUCCUCAACCCUGAAGUUUGGACAGCUUCAUCGGCUCAGCAGGGCCGGUACCUGCAUGUUCUCAAGGACAUCGUGGACAAGAUGUCAGCUGGAGUGCUCAGACCACAGCCUGAGGAAGCACUUCCUCUCUAUGAAGCCACCGUUGCGAUGGAGAUGGUUCAGCGUCACCAGAAGAAAAAGGUGGUUGUUCAGCUCUGAUCUGAAUGUUCAGGAUCUGUAAGACCACACUGUCUGCAGAGUCUACAGGACCAGGUCUUUCAGUCUGAUAUUUUCUGCAAAGUUUUACUGAGUCAUUAAACAAAGUAUCAAAACGGA